AUGGAAGAACCAACAGGUCAAUUUAUAGCUGAUGUUAUCAACGACCAAGAUCAAGAUGAUUUAUUUAAAACUCUGCAAAAGAAUACUGAUCAAAAAGUAGUUUGGUUGUUAUACCUUCUUGCAAAUGGUGUUCCAAAUGUAAGAUGUCAUCUUUUAAAGAUAUUGAAUCAUACACAAAUUGAAAUCAGAAGAAAUAUAUCAACCGAGAUUAAACAAAGAGUAAAACAAGAGAUUGUACAAUAUAUCAAGACACCAUGUGCUCUUAAUCAUCGACCUGAAAAUGAAGAUACCUUUGAAGAAAUGGUCAUUCAAAAUUGUACCAAUAUUAUUUAUAUUGCACUUUCAAUGCUACAAGACAAUGAGGAUCAUCAACAAGAAUGGGAAUGGAAUGAAUUAAUAGAAUUUAUAAAUAAUGCGUGCAAUCAAAAUCAAUAUCGAGAGAGAGAUGUCAAUAACUAUGCUUGCAUGUUAAUGUUGAAAGCAAUCCAAAUGGGUUACGACAAAGUUUCUGUUAAAUUGGAAGUUUUUGAUUAUUUGUCUGGUUUCCUUGACCAAAAGCAUACAAUCUUGGUCGAUACAACAUUUAUAAAGAACAUCAUACAAAUCAUCAAAUCAUUACAACAAGAAGACAAAAAGAUGGCUACUUGUAUGUUAUUAAUUGAACAUUUGGAUAAAGUAGAAAUACCUUUCCUACUUUCAAUAAGAGAAAUGGUUAUCUUUCCCACCUUUAAAGAUGAACUACUUGAUAUCAUGGUUUAUAUAUUACAAUCAGAUAAACGAUUUAUUUAUGAUUCUAUAGUUAGUAUGGCAUCAAUUAUUCCUCGUGAGUUAAAAUUAGAUUGUUCAACAUUAGUAAUGCCACUUGUACAAUUAUUUAAACCUCCUAUUUUUAAAUAUCACACUGGAUUUUUGCCUGUUGCAAGUUACAUACUCUGUCAUAUUUAUCCCAAAGUAGCCGAUAAUAGACUUGUUACAAAAUCUAUUCUUCAACUAUUCAAAUACAAAUCUUUGGAAGUAGAAAAAAAAAAAGAAGAAGAAGAAGAAGAAGAGGAAGAGGAAGAGGAAGAGGAAGAAGAAGAAGAAGAAGAAGAAGAGGAGGAGGAAGCAGAAGAAGAAGAAAAAGAAGAAGAAGAGGAGGAGGAAGAAGAAGAAGAAGAAGAAGAAGAGGAAAUAAGAGAAAUACAUAUCUUUGAACUACGUGAUUUCUUUCAAUGUUCAAGAGAUCCCCAUUCUCUUUUAAUUUACCUUCCACUUUUGAUGAUGUCGAUUUACUCUGCAUUGGAUAUUGACACUGAAAUGGACAAGAAAGAAAUUCAAUUGAAAAUACAAAAGGAACUAGAAAAACCAAAACAACCAAAAGAACCAAAAGACCCAAUGAUGGUGGAUGGACUUUUCCAAGAUGAAGACGAAGAUGAAGAAGAUGAAGAUGAAGAUGAUGAUGAUGGUGAAUAUGAUGAAGAGGAAAAUUCAAUAUUAUUAUUCCUUUUCAAGAUUGUUAUAGUGGCUACACCAUCUGAGAUCUAUCCAUAUGCAUUGUCACUUGCCAUAAAACUUGUCAAGUACAAAGAAUACGAUAUAGCAGGUAUGAUGAUUCCAUAUCUAUUGGAAUCGAUUCGUCACAAAACACCAUACAAUCUCGAGGACGAUAUUCAAUCGGUGGUGGUUUAUAUCUACAGCAAAUUCUUUCGACCUACUCAUCAAAUGUAUCGUCGCUUGUUUAGUUUUAGUGGACCCGUUGUCAGAAACGCAAAGCCACUCUGUCGUCUCAUCCAAUCGGUUGGCCCAGGAGCCAUGUCAGAUUACGAGAUAUGCGAGAGCUUCCUCCAAUCCAAAGCAUUUUUUUAUACAUCUCACGACUUUAUGAGAGAUGCGUGUAUGGUACCAGACAAUGAUCUCAAAAUAAUAGGGCAAAAGAGUGAUCCAACAAUGACAUAUGAUCACUACCAAAGAUCAUUGUCAGUGUUUGGUGGUAUCAUUCUAUUUGCAAUACAAACCUAUUUAAAUGGGCUGGAACCAACAUUAUCAUCGUCGUCGUUGGAUGAAUUAUUGGAUAUUGGGUGUGUUAUUGGUAUGCUGGAGAGUAUCAUCAAAGAAUUACAACCCGAGCCUUUUAGAAAAAAUCAAUUCCCUUUAACUGAACAAAUAGUCGAAGAGAUAAUCAGAUUUUUUGAACAAUACCUAUCAUUUGUUCCUUGGGUUGGCGACAAUGAAGACAACAAAACUAUUCAACUUGCCAAAAGUCAUAUUAAAACAAUCAAAGAUAUAUAUACAGAGAAAUUGGUAGAUGAAUAUACGUCAUCUAGUAGUAAUACUGGAAAUUAA